AUGGGGGUAAAAAAGGUUGGCCAGCUCCCCCUCACCAGCGAGUGCCACCACUACUACACCCGAGACGAGGUCCCCUGGGACAUUCAGAAGUACUGGCAUCAGCGAUAUUCAAUCUUCUCCUGCUAUGACGAUGACAUCUACCUCACCGACGAUGCAUGGUUUGGGGUAACCCCCGAGCCUGUAGCUACCCGCAUCGCGCAAGACCUCGGCGCCCUCUCCGCGCCCACCAAGACGACCCUAGUAGACCUCUUCGCCGGCGCCGGCGGCAACGUCAUAGCCUUCGCGCUGUCAGGCCGGUGGGAGCGCAUCAUCGCCGUGGAGCGCGACGCCCCCACCCUGGCCUGCGCGCAGCACAACGCCGCCGCCCACGGCGUCCCCGCCGACAGCGUCGUCUGGGUCCUCGGCGACUGCUUCGACUACCUCGCCCAGGCCCUGGGUACCGACGCCGACGGAGACGGAGACCUGGACCCGGACCUGCGCCUCGACCGGGCCUCCACCACCGUCUUCGCCUCCCCGCCCUGGGGCGGCGUGGAUUACCGCCUCCAGGACGUCUUCGACCUCGCCACCAUGCAGCCCUACGACAUGGAAACGAUCUACCGCGCCUGCCGCCCCGUGGAGCACGCGCUGUACCUGCCCCGGACGAGCGACCUGCGCCAGAUCGCGAAGCUGGCGCCCCCCGGUGGCAAGGUGGAGGUCGUGCAGUACUGCAUGGAGGGGGCCAGCAAGGCGAUGGUGGCCUACGUGCCCGAGAGUCGCGAGGUGGAAGGAUAG